CCCAGCCUCCAGCCAGAUGAUGUGUGUUUCUGUGGAGUGGGACUGUUAGUGAAGGAGCUCUCCGUCUGCCCGUGAGCAGAACAGUAGUCAGCAGUAAUUAGCAGGUGCUGUGAGAAGCCUCUCUGUUCCUACUGGCCAUCAGGAGCUGCCAGACCUCUCGAGGACCUCUUCAGCAGCCAGAGAAGAGCUCUUGAGGGUCAGCGGAGUGCAGAGGGAGGCCAGAGAGGGGCGGGAGAACCAUGAAACAGUGUGCCUCCACUCUGGAGCUGUUGGCGAUGGUAGUGUACAUGGCAGCCUGGCUGUGUGCUCUGGCCACCACCCUGAUGUCCCAGUGGCUGACCCUGUCCACAGAACUCUUGCUCACAGAGAGCUAUGAGCUGGGUCUCUGGGAGACCUGUGUGGUCCAGGACAUGGGGGGGAUGGAGUGUCGACCCUACGACAGCCUGCUUGGCCUGCCUCAGGACAUCAAGGUGGCCCGUGUCUUCAUGUGUAUCUCCCUGGCUGUGGGUCUGCUGGGCCUGCUGCUGGCUAUCCCUGGUCUCUACCUGGUCAACAGCUUCAGCCAGGGGCUGGAGGGCUGCAGGGCCAAGAGGAUCCUGAAGGUGGCAGGAGGGGUGCUGGGGAUGAUAGCUGGGGUGCUGUCUCUGAUCCCUGUUUCCUACGUCGCCCACCUGACGGUAAUGCGCUACUUUGAUGAGUCGGUGCCUGAGGUGGUGCCGCGCUGGGAGUUUGGUGAUGCCCUGUUCUGCGGCUGGGUGGGGGGGUUCCUCCUGCUGGUGGCUGGAUUACUCCUGUUUGCAUCCUGUCUGGGGCCUCUGGCAGAUCAUUCCAGGGGCCCCCAGGCAGACUAUUACGGAGCCCCCCAGGCAGACCAUUCCAGGGGCCCCCAGGCAGACUAUUACGGAGCCCCCCAAGCAGACCAUUCCAGGGGACCCCAGGCAGACUAUUACGGAGCACCCCAGGCAGAUCCCCCGAAGAGAUAUGAGGUCCGGAGUACGGAUCAUUCCUUCAGAAAACCUCCAAAAUAUGUCUGA